AUGGCGACCCCGACACAAAUGAAGCAUGCGGCCUCGCAACAAGGCAGGACGCCUUCACAACUGGCUGCAGCGACCCCGCCUGUAUCGACUCCUUUCUCGCAAGCCCACGCCGCCUUCUCCCCUCGGGGCCCUCGAUCCUCGCCCCAACAAUUCAAGAAAUCGCCUGCGACCUCGAGCACACUCAUGGGCCAUCCCGCCAACGGCGCGUUGAAUUUCGACAGUCCUUCUGCCGCGGCGGCUAUGGGUGCUCUUGGAAUAAGCGGUGGAUUGGACAUAGGAUUGGACCAUGUCGGCGUCGGCGCGUUCGGCGGCUUGGGCGCACUCGGAAGCGAGGACGACAAGAUUAAGAGGCUCGACGCGGUUAUUGAGAUACUCGGAAAAGCGAAAGGACGUGUUAGUGAAGCUGGCCUCGAGCGCCUGACGCUCCGGACAGGUCUUACGAGCAUCUGGGACGACCACCGGUCGCCGGACGGCAGGAAGAUGAAGAUGCUAGUCAUCGCCGGUCAGGCUUUGACUGUGGACAUCGUCUUGAACAACAACAUUGUGGAGAAUGUCUCCUUGAGCUUCCCGGAUUCGGCUCCCAUCGUCACGAGGCAUAAGGACCUUGCGUCGAAGAUUCUACUCCGGGACCUGCAGCUCCGUCCCGACCAGAGCCCUCUCACCAAGACUCUGGACAAGUUCUCUGCCAAUCUGGAGCGCUUGGCGGUUCUUGACAAGCUCAGCGUUAUUCCUGGGCUGGAUUGCCAAGAGGCUCUGGCCGGCAUUUUUGAGAGUCUCGAGAGACUUUACAAGUGGGAAUUAUCAAAGCUGCGAGAGGAUGCAGCGAUGGGCGGAAGGCCCGAUCGAUUCCUGGAGACAACCGUUAUGUGCACCAAGAGCGGCCGUCCGAGAAUGCACGCGAGAGAUAUGGUGGGCCUCAGCAUCGAGUAUUGGACGGAAAGAAGACAUGUCGUGCCCAAGACGCCAGACACGGUGCGAUACUGCGAGAAGAAUGAGAAAGUCUGGUCCAUUCUCCUAGGCUGCAAGGCCCUCGAUGGUGAGAUGUUCCAGCCUGUCCGUAUGUCGGUGAACUGGAUCUCUCAAAAGGUCGUCGCCGAGCCUGGGCCUGAUGACAUUCUUGCUGGCGCAUCGGGUAUCGACUGGCAGGAACCGGAAGCUACAAACCUUCCACAGACCGACGACACCAAAGACAAGGGCGUUGAUGUCGUACACCCGGAUGGCACAACGCACAAGCUCCCGAACGUCAAGUUUGUUGCAAUGCUCACACCGUCAGUAAUCGUACCACAAUCGGUGUGGAACACACUGCACAGUCUCACAGGCGCCGCGGCUCCGCCCAUGUUACUGCCCAGCUAUACGUUCGACAGUAUCUCUUUCCCGAUACCUGAUGGAAGCAACCACGACGCAAGCGAGCUUCGAGUCAUCUCAUGCAAGAGAGCUGUCGAGGUCCCGAGCGACGGAACCUUGGUGACGCGGAAGCACAAAAAUACGCUGCUUAUUUACAAGCCCGUUUAUGGACAAACAGUCACCGAGCUCUCCUUCUCUCACCCUCGGCAGCUCGUAGCGAUGCUGCCCAUACUGCGCCAGUAUGCUCUUAUUUCGACGUUGCUAGAGAGGAGUUUUGGGUCUGAUGUAUCUGGCGAUCCGCUGCCAAAGAAGGACGAGUCGAUCGACACCGUCGAGGCAACGACGACGACAAAGGCGGAGUACGAGACGUUCAUGUCCAACUCGUCAGGGACCAACGAACAAGAGCUAACCCUCGACGUGGUUCUGACUGUUCAUCCGUCCGCCAGCCUCCACGUCGUCUUUCCCUUCCGCGACGCCACGGCCAACGUCGACCUGCAGAUCCAGCCGAACGGUGUGGUCCACAUCGUAUCACAAAACAUCGUUCCAGAUGCUGGCGAGGACGUGCCUGCGGCGGAAAAGGGCAAGCACAAGCAGCUUACGCCUCAGGAUCUGGGCAAGCUUCUCGAGGUGAUGGAAGACCUCUGCUCCUGGGCGGAAUGGAUCCGUAAAAACCUCUCGUGA